AUGUCGACGAACGGCGGUGACUCGACAUCGGUAUCGGCAUCGCCAACCAAGGAUCAAUGGGAAGAAUUGUGCAAGGAUGUGAAGGAGUUGCUGCUGGAAGAGACGGGCGUGGAGAGCUGGUACAUCAUCAUCGCCACUGUCAUCUCGGGCUCCCCACAACCGCAGCUUCUCGCAGACUUCUGGACCUACAUCACUGCGCACGAUGCGUCCUUCUCGACGCCCGAAGCCAGAUCCCGACUCUCGGACCGGCUCCGUGACAUUCUCCUGAAGCAGAUCGUCUUGAUCGGUGCGCCGCAAGUCCUCUCCGGGUUGAUCCCCCUCGCAAAGAGGCAGACCGAGGGGAAAGGGGAGCAGGGGCGCGGCGAGUUGGACCUGCGGCAGUGGUCCAACAUCACGCUUCCGUCCCUGCACGCUCGCGGCAUCGAAACCAUCACAUCCAUCUACGGCACGCUGUGGCCGCGGAUCUUCGAGACAUUCGGCCCGCACCGAGCGCAGAUGGGCGUGCACGAACUCGCGAUCGUCUACGGCCUGUAUCUCAGCGACUUCGCGACCUUGACGGCGCUAGAGACGGAGCUCGUGGCCUUCACGAGCAUCACGUGCCAGGGCCUGCGCGGGCCGAGUCUCUGGCACGUGCGCGGCCUGGGGAGGGUGUUGGGCGCGCGGGGCACAGACGACGAGAAUCCCAAGAUGAGGCGCAUCAAGGACGUGCUGCGUGGCGUCAAGGUUGCUGUUGCGCGGUGCGUCGAGUUCUGUGGCGCCGACAUGGUCAGCAGGAGUGGCUUGGACGCGAGCAAUGGAGGGCUCGGAUGGCCGAAUGUCGGGGAUGUGGGGAGAGAGUUGGGCGGAUGGGGCGAUGAUGAUUGA